UGGAUGUAUCAUGAGACCGCAGCGAGUUUGAUCUGUGACAGAAUGUGAUCGAACAUGAUGAAAGUCAGGUUUGAUUUUUCCCACGUGAGGAUUUAGUGCAGCCGGAGAAAUGAGUGUACGAGCUUUGUGGAUUAUUUCUCGCGAGAAGGGAGAAAAUGUGUCGAUACCAUUCUCAAGGAGGUUCCCCACUGUGGAGCACCGUGCUAAAUGCCUGGCAGGUUCCUCCUAUGUAGCAGUCCCAGAGGACAGCACUGUGCUGCAGCUACUCCUCACUGAGCUGGGCCUCUCCGAGCCAGACAAGUCUUAUGUGGCUCUCAGAGACGACUGCCUUCAUCGCCAGCGGUCACCGGCACUGGAGCUGCAUGUGGAUGGUCCUGGAAAGGGAAUACUGUGGCCAGUGUUGGCCAUCUCACAAGGGCCCCUUAUCCUGGCUUGCCUGUGUUUAGUGGAUGCCCCUCCUGAGCCACGGCCACCCCUGGCCAACCUGCUCUCUGUCUCACAGGGUCUCACGCUCCUGGCAGGCCUGCAGACUUUUCUCCUGGGCUCGGGGAAUAAGCUUGAUAGCGAGGGGCCGGCCUCUCGCCUGGCAUUGCUGCCUUCUGUGCUCCUGCAGGUUUGUCCACUUGGGACACCCCUGGAUGUGCCAGCGCUGGCGACACCUGCUACGCCCACAGCGCCCACACCUGCUGGGAACCAGAAGCAGCCAGCCUGGAAGACAGGUCUCUACCGGGGUCGGGCAGUUGUGAACGUAGCAUUGAAAGAAACGGUACGCUCCAUGCAGUAUGGCAAACAGAGCAGACAGGACCUCUGGGAUGUUUAUGGCACAGUGACAUGCAAAUGUGAAGUGGAGGGUGUGCUUCCAAAUGUGACGGUGACCCUCACACUGCCACCAAAUGGUUCUCCACUCCAGGACAUCCUAGUCCAUCCCUGCGUCACCUCACUGGAUUCUAGUAUCCUGACGGCCAGCAGCGUCGAUAACUCUGAUGGCUCAGCAUUCUCUGGGCCGUAUAAGUUCCCCUUCUCUCCUCCCCUCGAGCCCUUCAGACUAUGCAGUUAUACAUCUCAGGUUCCUGUUCCCCCUAUCCUUGGAUCGUAUCAACUUAAGGAAGAAGAAAACCAGCUGCGUGUGUCAGUGUCCCUGAAACUUCAUGAAAGUGUCAAGAACAGCUUUGAGUACUGUGAAGCACAUCUGCCAUUCUUUAACAGGGAUCAGAUGGGUUUGGUGGAUGUGAAGGUGAGCUCUGGACAACUGGAAGUUUCAAAGGAGAAGAACCUGCUGGUCUGGACCCUGGGACAGAAGUUUCCUAAAUCUCGUGAGGUCACGAUGGAGGGCAGGAUCACCUUCUCUGGGCCCACACCAGGGCCUGCUGACCCUCUUUGCACAGAACUGACUGCCUACAUCAAAUUGUAUUUCAAGGUGCCUGACAUUACACUGUCUGGAUCCUGUGUGGAUCAGCAUUCAGUGCAGGUUUAUUCCUCUGCCAAACCACGGAUUGUAACAUCCCGAGAACUACAAUCCAAAGAGUACUUUAUAUGGAACUCAGCAGGUGCUGCUCCGGUGUCGUCUGGGCAGAUGAUGCUGUAGGGUGGAUCUGUAAAAGAGGAGCUUUUUCUUUUCAAGGUGCACAGCUCACCGGAUUGCACUGUAUUCUAUGUGAAGGACAUGUGACUCCAUUAGAUUAAGUUGUUAGAAACUUGUUGUGGCUGGAGUAUUCAUAAAUGAGCACCUGUCAAAUGGUUUAUAGAUGUAACACGUUGUCUAAUAUUCACAUGUAAAUAAUUUUACAAAUCACAGUAUGCAAACUUUGACAUUUUUUUGAACAUACCCUUUCUUGUGGUUAAAUAUCUUUCAUCCCCCAACUUUCACCCUCCCUAAAAUUUUUCCCAUUUCAGACACAAGGGCCACCCCUCGCUCUGACAGUCCCACUUCAGUGGCUCUCCAUCAGCCGGAUAAUUAGCAGCUGGGACCUUGUCAUCAGCUGUUGUGGGCCUGAAGGAGACAGGCGGCUGGCCUGUGAAAGGCCAGGCUGCUCUGGCCAGUGUUUUGGCUACAAAGGGCUCCUCUUUUAGAGCUGGCAGGAGCCCUUACCCCUACCAAUCACUCACCCCCGCCUCUUUUGACCCCGUCCCCGCCCUGUCAACUAGUGGUUCGUUCAAACACACAACCUCUCCAACCAGACUGUGAUUGAGCGCUGACCCUCUGGCCCUCUGAGACUUUAAAAGCAGACGGUCCCAUUCAUGAGCAGGAGCUGCCUAAUUGGUGAAAAAGUCACAAGGACAGUAAUGGUGGGGUGGCCUUUGAGGUUGCAGAGGUGUUUUAACUCGAUUAAUGUAGAACUUCAGGUAUUUGACUUUGAUCUUUUUUGUUACAACACAAUUGUCAGGGUAUGUCUUUCUUUAUUUUUACUUAAAUAUCAAAAAUGUAUUUGAAGACAUGCUUUUGCACAGUUAACAAUUACUUUACCUGCACUAUGAUGAGUAAUAAUAAUGAAUAACCAGCCGACUAAGGGUUAAAUCUGAGGCCCACUGCUUCUCAGCAGCCAGACUCCUCUGAGUGGCCUCAUUGUGUGCUGUUGGCCUCUUGUGCCCCUUGCUGGUCCAAAUGCUACAUUCUCACGUGGAUUUCCACUCUGAAGGCUGACCAUGACCAAUCCUCUGUCAAUUGGAACCAAUUGCUCACACGGCAUCCUUCACCUUCUUUUUAUGUGGCAGUGCGGAGUGGCAGACACCAAGACCUCUCGGCUCUCCCCUCCACGAUGAUUUGGCUUUAAGGCCCAGUGUAUGUGGCUAGCGAACUGGAAGAGGAGAUGUUUUUUUUUUUUUUUUYAGGAGUUGGGCCACUCUAAAUCUCCUCAAUAUGUGGUCAGUCUGGCUCCUGUAGUCUGCAGUCACUGGCCUCUCG